UUUAAAAUUAUUCUUCCAUAGCCUCAGACCAUUCGGCAGACUCUUCAAAAGACCCUGCAGUAUUUUGAGCAUCAAGUUAUUGGUAGUUACAGAGAUGCAGAGAAGAAUUUUCACAAUAUAUCAAACAGAUGCUCCUAUACAGACUGCUCUGGCAAUGAAGAAACUGAAGAUGUCUCAGGAAUUCUCCAGUGUACGGCUAAUGUACUAGGUCUGAAGUUUGAGGAAAUGCAAGAAAAGUUUGGGGAGGAAUUCUUCAAUAUCUGCUUUGACGAGAAUGAAAGAGUUCUUCGAGCUGUAGGUGGAACCCUUCAAGACUUCUUCAAUGGCUUUGAUGCUUUGCUGGAGCAUAUUAGAACUUCAUUUGGAAGACAGGCCACCCUGGAAUCUCCUUCUUUCCUAUGCAAAGAACUCCCUGAAGGCAAUCUCAUGCUUCAUUAUUUUCACCCACACCAGAUUGUGGGAUUUGCAAUGACUGGAAUGAUAAAAGCAGCAGCAAAGAAGAUUUACCGCUUGGAAGUAGAAGUAGAACAGGUCACAAAUGAUAAGUUGUGUUCAGAGGGGACAAACCCAGGUAACUGCAGUUGUUUGACUUUCCUUAUCAAAGAACAUGAAAAUGCAAAUACCACAAAAGCACUUCCACCAGGAACUUCCCAGUCCCCCUUAGACCUGAGGAUUAGUAUCAGCACCUUCUGCAGAGCUUUCCCCUUUCACCUGAUGUUUGAUCCAAACAUGCUGGUUCUCCAGCUUGGAGAAGGUCUUAGGAAGCAGCUCAGAUGUGACACUCAUAAAACCCUGAAAUUCCAAGACUGCUUUGACAUAGUCUCUCCUAAAAUCAGUGCCACAUUUGAACGAGUUCUCCUGAGGUUAUCUACACCCUUUGUCAUUCGGACCAAACUUGAGGAUUCUGAUUCUGAAAGUAAAGAUAAGGUGAUGGAAAUUAAAGGACAAAUGAUUCAUGUGCCAGAAUCAAACUCAAUAUUAUUUCUGGGUUCCCCCUGUGUGGACAAGCUGGAUGAGCUGAUGGGCCGAGGCCUCCAUCUUUCGGACAUACCUAUCCAUGAUGCUACUCGUGAUGUCAUAUUGGUUGGGGAGCAAGCGAAGGCGCAGGAUGGCUUGAAAAAACGAAUGGAUAAGCUGAAGGCAACGCUAGAAUGUACACACCAAGCCCUGGAAGAGGAGAAAAAGAAGACAGUAGAUCUCCUUAUUUCUAUUUUCCCGGAAGAGGUGGCUCAGCAGCUGUGGCAGGGGCAGCAGGUUCAGGCCAGGAAGUUUGAUGAUGUCACCAUGCUCUUCUCGGACAUCGUUGGCUUCACUGCCAUCUGUGCUCAGUGCACGCCCAUGCAGGUCAUCAGCAUGCUCAACGAGCUCUACACGCGCUUCGACCACCAGUGUGGAUUCCUUGACAUCUACAAGGUGGAAACAAUAGGUGAUGCGUACUGUGUUGCAGCAGGGCUCCAUAAGAAAAGCCUUAGUCAUGCCAAAGCCAUUGCCCUGAUGUCACUGAAGAUGAUGGAGCUUUCAGAAGAGGUUCUCACUCCAGAUGGAAGCCCUAUUAAGAUGAGGAUAGGCAUUCACUCAGGUUCGGUGCUGGCUGGCGUCGUUGGUGUGAGAAUGCCACGCUACUGCCUCUUUGGGAACAACGUCACCCUUGCGAGCAAGUUCGAGUCAGGAAGUCACCCGCGCCGCAUCAACGUCAGUCCCACCACCUACCAGCUUUUGAAAAAGGAAGAAAAUUUUAUUUUUAUCCCUCGUUCCCGUGAAGAGCUUCCAGAAAACUUUCCAAAGGAAAUUCCUGGGAUCUGUUACUUCCUGGAGGUCAGAAGUGGUCAGAAGCCGCCAAAACCUUCCAUCACAUCUGCCAGAGUGAGAAAGGUGUCUUACAACAUCGGCACCAUGUUCCUCCGGGAGACUAGCCUAUGAGGCCUGCUGCAGAUCAAAGACUCGUCAAAAAAGCACAAGCCCAGAACUGGGUCAUGACAGGGGAGUUGGAGGUUCUUUGUGUCUCACUGCCUUCUUCUGAACAGGCAGUAAAAAGCUCCAUGUAAUGUCAGGCAAUAAUCAUUUUAAAAGGUGGGUAACUGCUGUCAGUAAGCAAAGUGGAGAUAAGGAAAAAAUAUUAAACAAUGUACUUCCACUUCCAGAGGAAUUUCUUUCACAAACUUAAGUCUGGCCCCUCUAUGGCAAACAAAACAACAAAACAAAACCCCAACUCUCAAAUUAGAGGUUGGUCUUGUUUUGUGCAGAAAGGAUGAUGGUUCUCUGUAGAUUUGCACCAGCUAAGCAGAAUUGAGAGUCAGUUCUGAUUAUGCAUUCCUAUAUUUAAUGUGUUCUUCAGUAAGGUAAUGAUGUUUUUUAACUUUAUGAACAAGCAUUUCAUACAUAUACUGUAGAGCUAUUGUAACCUUCCUGGCAGGAGGAAUUAUGACUCAGUACAAAUAUUGUAGGAAUUUUACCUAUUUUUAUACAUAUUUCACUUACUGGAUAAUUACAUUCCACAUACUGUAAGCUGAGUGAACUUAGAUAGCUUUUCAGAAGAAGUUACUGUAUAUUUCAUACAUUCUACCUAUCAAACCUUAUUGUUACACAAGUGGGAAGAAGGCAUUUCUUGACUUUUUGGCAACAAAAAAUCAGUAUUUACAGAAUAAAAACCCCACUUUGGUAAAUCACUUUAUCCGGUUUUUAUGCUGAAACUUUAGAUGAGAACUGUCUUCUUAUAUUAAAAUAAUGUUCAGUAUUUGUCCUACAGUGUUAUAUGUCCAGUCCUUCCAGGACAAUGUAAACAAAGUGCAGGAGAUCAAUGUGUGGACAGAGAAAAGUUCUUUUCCAUGGGUCUUCUUUUCCCUCUAAAUUAUUAGCCAAACUGAUUUUCAGUAGAAGCCCUGAACUUCUCUAAAAAGUUCAUCUAUUGAAAACUUACUCUGAGGAAUUCCAGCAGACACUGGAAGCUAUCUGGAUGCUGGUUUUCCACAUUUUUUAAUAGGACUUGUGCUUGUAAUCCAGAUUGAUUGUUGAAAAUCCAUUCUGUUAAUAAUGAUUGCUCAUUUGGAAAUUUCCUCUAUUGUUUGAUUGGCUGAAGGUUCCCUGUUUUUCUAGUUAAGAUCAAAAAAACACCAAAAAGGGAAAGAGAAAGAAAAAAAAAGAAAAAAAAAAAAAAGGAAAAAAAAGGCCAAUUCUUUGCUGUUGAAAAUUAAUAUUAUUAUUAAAAGUAUUAUUGUCUUCAGUUAAUCCUGUUCAAGCAAGGUGUGUAUCUGGCACAUUUUCAGGUUUAUUUCUCAGGUUUUCUUUUUUAAAAGUUGUGGUGGUCAGUUUUCCUGUGCAGGUGUGCUGCCUUUGGAUCAUACUGGGGUCAUGAUGUUCUGAGCUUGCAGAUUGUUAGUUAAAAUUCGUGCCGUGAUUCCAAAGCGGUUUAGCUGUUCGUGGGCCUUUAAUUACUUUAAUCAAAGAUAAGACUCAGCAGCAGCUAGGAGGCAUGAGAAACUCAGCAUUUCUCUAAUCCAGAACAGAAAUGAGUUUGCUUAUGGAUUUAGUAGUCAUAAAAUGAGGCAUCUCUUGAAAAUAAGUAACUUUCACCACAUUUCAAGAUUAUCCAGCUGGAUCUUUCUGUGAAAGGCAUGACAGUUGUCUGUUUCUCCCCAUUGACCAGUAGCCCCUGUGAGUCAGCAUGGUGCUGCUACCCCAUGCUGAGUAAGUUUCAGGCUUCUGGAUGAGAAAGGACUGUCUUUGAACCUUUACAGACUUCAGCAUUCAGAGGACAUCUGAAAUUACUCUGCAGGGGUGGGUUUUUCCUUGCCUGAGGAAGGAAUGCGAAUUAGCCCAGAAGCCUAUUUUAAAGCAAAUUCCCUCACUUUCUAGUGGGAUACCGAUGUUAAAGAUUUCUUCCAUUGGUAUUAGAGCAUUCUUGGGAUUAGAGGAGUUAUUUUUUUUAUCUUCCUUGAUAAACAGCAUAUGGAAUUCCGUGGCCUAUCUGAAAAAUUACUUAAAAAAAGCUGUUCAAGCUUGAGGUUGUGGAAUUUCCAUCCAAACUACAGAUCUGAGCAUUUCCUGCACAGGAUGACAAGUUUUAGCCAAUAGCCAUUAGUUUGCACAUACACAGGAUGUAGAAUGCAUUUUUUUUACCCUGGGAACACCAGUGAGAUGUGUAAGAAUCAUAAAUGGAUCAAAGUUCAUGUUUCACCACUGAAAGAGGAAUGCCAUUUCCCAGCUAAUAAAUCCAUGGUUCUUAUGUCAUUACUUAGUUCCCUAGAGUGAAUUUUUUUUCAAAUAGCCAUUAGUAGAUUAAGAUUUCAGUCUGACUUCUCUGGCACAUCUUCACUGUUCAGUAGGUGCUGGUGUCAGUCCCAGCCUAUCUGGCCAACCUCUUUUUCUCUUCUUACCACCCACCUAUGUGAAGAGUAUAAAUGUAGAUGUUUAAACCAAAAGCUUGUAAUUCAAUAACUUUUCUCCUACAAUUGACAGUAAGAAACACCUAGGUUAACCUAGACAUUCUACACCUGAUCUUGAUCAGUGGAAACAUUUUUAAUGAAUGAUGGAUAGAUGCUAGUUUUACUCGCAAAUUGGAGAAGCAAUCAAAACCAGUUUGUAUCACCAUCCUCAUCCUCUUAGAGACUUUUUGUUGUAUAAGGAAAUUUAAAAUCAGAGAGAUCUGUGUGAGAACUGAAAAUUGGUAUCUGUAUCACCAUGAAUAUAUUGAUAGUGUUUGCAAAUAACCCAUCUAGCUCCCCGAAUUAGAGUACACUGACUGUAUAAAAGUAUACAGUCUUUGUUUUUCAUAAGCUUAUGUAAAGGUAACAUAUCUAGAACUGCAGCACAGAUGCUAAGUAUUGUCUUACUUGUGUUAUGAUGAGGGAAAUUAAUGAAAACAAUGUGGGUUCUCUGGGGACAUUUUUCUAUGUCAAUGUGAGGAAUGUAAAACAUUCUCGGUGCUUUCUAAAUAAGUAGUUGCAUCUGCUGCCUUUCAUAUUAGGUUGUAGACUUGUUUUGUUGGACACCUUUACAAAGUUAAAUGAAACUUAUUAUAGAGAUUGAUGUUGUCAUGUCAAUUAUGUGGUAGGUUGUCAGACUCAACAUUUUUCCAACAGCACUUACUUUUGGUGAUAGGGAAAAGGUUCUCAUUUUCCUGGCAUUGUCUUCAGAAAUAGAAAGGUUCUCAGAAUUUUCUAUCUUGAGAUGAUGAGGUGGGGAGGUUAGAGUUGCUGAAAUGGUUACAGAAAUCAUAUACUCUAGCUGGAACUUUCUUUCAACUUUUUACUCCCUAUAAAACAGAUGAUCUUUGGUUCCUCUGGGUAAGAAUUUACAUUCUUGUGUUUCUUCAUGUAGCUGCAAGUAGCCACAUCUGCUGUCUUGAGUUUCUGUGCAGAACAAAUCCAACCUCUCUGAAGAGAGAGGGAGAUCUAUUUUGUAUUGCAUAUACAAGGCAAAGGGAAGGACCCCCCCUAGCUGUUCAUUAAUCUCUUUGUGGCCAGUUUCUUGUACAAAAAUCAGGAGGCCAGAGUAAAGAGAGUCCACAGUCAUUUCCCCAGAACAGUUUUUACAGAUCUUGUGUCAGAUUUUUCCAUCUGCUUGAAGGUUCCCAUCACACAGGCUUUUCUGUGAUGCAAUUCAUAGAGAUCAUGAACUUGGGGCAAAAAGGAAAUAUUGAUGAAGUGGUAGGGUGGCAGAUAAAUUUUGUUCUGCAUCCCUCUGGUAAAAUUUGCCAUUCAAAGACAAAAGCCUCUGCACGGGAGAAUUGCUACUAAGCCAGGACUGUCCAAGUGUGGUUUUCAUGUAGGAUCCCAAAGGAUAUUUCAUUUUUAAUUCCAGAAAGCUGAUAGUCAUUAGCAAUGAUUGUGGUUUUGGCUUCUCUGCUCAUUCCCACAUACAGUUUCAGAUCUGAAUCUGUUUUGAAGCCUGGAAACAUGCCUCUGCAAACAGAAAACCAGAGCUCUUAAAACCUUGAUAUUCUUGUAUGGGAAUUGCCUGUUUUGAAGAAAUCCUUGUGAUUGAGUCAUUAACAGUCCAUGGCAGUUCAUAUGUGUUCACAUGCCAUUUCAGAGUACUAUCUCCUCUUGUGCUUACAAUGUUCCCUACCAAGCCCAACAACAGGAUUGGGCAUAUUUAACAUCCAUCUUCCACUUUUUCCUGUAUAAAGCAAGCAGUGCAAAACCAUGACAUGCUGCAUUGCUGCAUUUAAAAGUAUCAGCCCUGCACUAAGAUGUAAACUCUGAUAACCAAUUUCACAUUGUAUAUUUCUUGCUCUGAAUAGAUCCUUCUCUCAGGCAAUUUAAAAAUGAAUGGAAAAAAAAAAAGCACCCAAAACUGCUGUGUGGAAUUGUAAAUGAAUCUGAGACCUGCAUUGGUUGUUGGGGCAGGUUGAAUUGCUGGACAGCUUUCUGAUUCUUCAGCUGCCACAGGCUGUCUCAUGUACAUGCUUCAUGCAGACGGUCCUGUCAAGGAGUCUAUAAUCCAGAAGCAGCACUGUAAACUUAGGGCAUCUUCUGAGUUUUCCUCUUCUAGUCUCAGGCCACUGCCUCACUUCUGCUGAGUGCUCAGAGCUUGCUGAGGAGAGCUAGUUCCCUGUCCUAAUGCAGCCUCAGAGCUUCUGGCUUCCUUUCUGGAUUCUGGUGGUCUUUUGCAAAACUGUGCAUGUGUAGUAUUGGAAAUAGGAACAUGCCUAAAUUAGCAACAAAACAAAAAGCUUAAAAAAGCUUGUCAAACUCAGAGGCAGUUGGUUCCUUACCCUCAAGGUAAUACAUUAUUCAUAAUGCUGUAGGAUUGAGGGUGCCAGUGACAGGAGAGGCUAUGGAUGAAUUGAAGAUGCUGAGUGUGCAGCAGCCUCAACCAGUAGGAGUAGUUGAUAGGCUUUUGCUUCUAUUAAUAAUUCCAUCAUCUUGCAUGCUAUGUCCUGCUCUUGGUCAGGGUUCUGCUCUCCAAAAGACCUCCACUUUCCUUCCCUUAGCACAUUGUAUGUGACAUGGUGAAUAAUUCCUGUUGUUGUUCUAAUUAGCAUAUACUGUUGACAUGGCUGCUUAUGUCUAAAGAAUAACUGGGGUUAAAGGGCUGAUCUUACUCUUCUUGCAAGGCAAAACUGCUGCAGUGACACAGCAGGCACUCGCAUCCUUAGAGAGGGAAAACACCACAGUGCAAGUUAUCACUGGUGGAUUUGGGUGAAGUCUGUAUUAACAGUCCAUGGGAUGUUUUUAGCUUCCUUCCACAAGCACCAAAUUUAUCUGUGCAGAUAGGAGUUACUCCUUAACAACAUUAUUAAUUUACAAUGCUUGAGCAGACAUACAACAAAAAUCUGUGAAAUAUUUAAUCUCAUAUACACAAUUGAUCUUUUGUGGCUUGGCUGUUAAUCAUGCUUGAAAGCAAGAGAAACAGUGAAACUGAGGAAUGCAGCAAUUCAGUCAUAAGCAAUGGAUCGUUCACCUCUGCAGAUGCUAACUUGCUCCUGUGGCUUAGAAAGGUUGACCUCCAGUUAUCUGUGGUCCAGGUUGGUGUCACUGUGUCACUGUAGCAACAAGAUGGCCUCUGAAAACAGCAUGAGGCAUCUCAGUCUGCUUCCUUCUGGGCUGGGGUUCACAUUAGAGAGCCCAGUGUAACAUGUGAUGCCAAGUGGCAACUUUGCUGGCAGCCUUAGCAAAAGGAUCAGCGGAGGCAGAUGUUAAAACAGCUGUUUGCUCCAGGGAUUUUAGUUUCCAAAGGCAGAGAGAGGCUGAAUGUGUUUUAAUUUGGACAAAAAGAGAAGGGAGGAUUUCAGAGAAACAAGUGUCUUCCUGGCUAGCAAGGAGGCAGUGGAAUUAACAUGAUUCAAGAGGGAUAUGCUGAUUACCUUGGCUGCAGCAGCACCUUCAGCUGUCUGGCCCUCUUUGGCAUUCCAACAAUCUAGCUUCUUUUGAAAACUGGAGGACAGGUAAGCACUUCAGGCUCUUGUCUCUUUUGCUUUAGAAAGAGUAUGAGGCUGCCUAGAUAUUUGAGUGUGCUUAACUUUCUCAGUGACCACAGAUGGCAAACUUAGACUAGACAUCUGUUUUUUAAGAUGGCCAAGAUAAGUGAGACUGAUCCCAUUGAAUUACAUUCUUUUCAGCCCAAGUGCUAUGUCUCAAAUCUUCUGUUGUGCUGCUUUUCAGCAUCCUGCACUGGCCAAAAUAAAUUGAAUCAAACAAGUGUCAGAGGGAUAGAUAAGCAUGCUCCAGGAUAAAUAGUUACCAGUGUAGCCAUGGUGACUGUCCCAAACAUGGGCUACUGUGGUUCUGCAAAUCCCUAAUGUCUGAACCCUUUGCAUAUGAUACAUGAUAUGCACUGCCAGUCACAACUCUCAGAUGCCAUUAAGGGUGUGAUUUAGAAAAGGUUUUGAGCUUUGAGCGCCUAGCUCAGUUAUGCAAAAUCUGUGUGCCACAUUCACCUGAGCUGUAUGCCAGAAUGCCUGCAUAAACCUUUUCCUGUAGUCAAGAUGGUAAUAACAUAUAUAGAUUCUAAAGAACAGAGAGAUAGUUGCCAGGUUAUCAUUAACACACAUUUUUUAUGCUUUUGUGAAUUUGUAGGCCCAAAAUUAACUUUCCAUUAUCAGAAGGUCUCACGUUGAGCUACUUGUUUUCUAGGUAAUUAUUCCUUAGCAAUACUCUCUAAUGACUACUCUUGAAGCAAUAAAUAAAGCCAUGCUAAUCUCUUCUAUGUAGGCUCCUGUACACCACCUUUCAACUUAACAAACCACUUUUCAGUGGGACAUUAAAUGGCAGAAUAACACCCUUGUUAUUCCUUGUUUGUCCUUCUAUCCUCUUCCUCAGAGAAGAAGAGCAUGUAACUUUUGAGGUGGUGUUCUUUGUUAGUUUUCUAAAAGUGUAUGUUGCUUCUUAAAUAAGGAAGAGCAAAAUCAGAGGUAUAGAACAGAAUUAGAAAAGAGUUUGGGAUGUAAACAGUAUUUUAAAAGACUGACCACUGAGUGAGACUAGUUUCACAUCCUAGAAACACAGGAAGAAAUACGAGUAAUAGAUGUAAGAUAUACCCAGGAAUGAUAAAUAGGAAUAAUAAACGAGGCAGGUAUAUAUAGUGGAUGACUUCUGUUUUAUACACAAUAGUAAAUAGAUGCUCAAACUGAUUAAUGCCCACAGAGGGGAAAUACUGUUUAAUCCAUUUUGGCAUUUGUUUAUUACCAGUACAUCCCUAAGGUAUUGGUUUUUUCCUUCCCUAAUGAGAUUGGAAGAUACUGUUAAAUCAAUAUCAGAGUUUCUGAACUUAUUUCUUAAGAGCAAACUUAGGAUUAAAUAACCAUAAAGAGAUUUUUUUAGAUGUGAGCCACUGCAUGGGAGAACAGAUCAUGUGGGAAAGAAAAAGGAGGUACUGACAGGUAUAUUUAUUUUAGAAGUUUCUAUGGCACUUCAGGUUGAUUGAAAUAAUUCUGAAACUGCACACUGAAAGCAUGGCUUCCCAGUUUAGAUUAUUUGCAUUUCCUAAGAAGGAGCAGGUAAAAUUUUUCAAGGUACAUUAAGGGGUAUACUUCUCAAUCUCAUUUUCUCUGCUUAACCACAGCCUCUCUCUGAAAGUUGAAUCUUGCUUUGCUGAAUGAUUCUGAAGUUCUAAGUACCUAAAUAAGUUUUGAAAAUAUGGGUUAGGUUCUCUAAGUCCCAUGUGCUUUAUCAGUGUUUAAGUGUGUAAACAUUCCUCUCUGGAAACUUCUUGUAGGUCCUGCAAGUGUAUAAAUAAGAAGCAUCUGAAGAAAGUGAAGUCUGUGUGUAGGAGAGGGCAGCUGGAUGUGGUGCUGAUGUUAGCUUUCAUCUAUUUGGAUGAUGCAGUGAUUAUUCAUACAAAGUGCAAGAAGGUAUUGCACAUAGUGUCAUGAACUCUGAGGAUGUAAGGUUGAAUUUUAGAGUCCAUAAUCCUUAAAGUUUUUGUGGAAUUGCAUGAGAAAUGCAUGAUUUUUGAGUUUUUUAUUAUAAGCAUUGAAUCUCCACUUACAGAGAAAAAUUGUGGGGGGAAAAAGAAAAUCUACUAAGUCUAAAUGCAAAGGAGUGUCCUGAUUUUUUGUAUUGUUUGGCUUUUCUGGAAGUAGGAAUAAGAAUUCUUCCAUGAGUUUCAAUACUGAAUGCAACACUUGUGAAGUAACUUUGCAAGCUAGAAAUUUGGAGGUGGUAAUAAGAAUGUCUUCUAAAAAGUAUAUAGGGAUAAAUGUUAACACUUUUUUAAAAAAUGGAGACUGCUUUGCACUGUAAGUAAAUAUUGUUUAGAAAUACCUAAACAGAAAAAAAGCUUGGAAUACUGUUGUAUCAUAAUAAAAAGGUUAUUAUUAUUAUCUCAUUAUCUAUGAGAUAAUCUGCAGUUCACACCCUUCCUUCAGAAACAGUCCUAUAUAUGGAGUUCUCAAGUGCACACUCAACCAAGAGUUGUGUGUAGUAAAUUUCCAAGGAGGUACUGUUUUACCCAGAAGCUUCUGCAGAAAUGCCAUGCAGAUCAUGUUGGGUAAGGCUGAAUUCAACCCUGUUGUUCAGAGCUUAGUAAGAGAUACAGAGCGUCCUAAACCCAAGCUUUAAAAGCGCUUACUGACAGGACAGCAUUGUGCCUUUUACUGAAGUCUAAACAAACCCCGUUCUAGACAAAACUGCCAUCCAUAAACAUCCCAUUAAUACAUGACAUUUAUACUGCCUUGCUGGAAAAUUAGGACUUCACUAAGUUGCAGCCAUUAAGGUCUUUGAUGCUAGAAUAUUCCUUAUUAUUCUUACUUCUCACUGUGCCCAGGUUGCAGUGGGGUUCUCUAGAGAACCAAGGGUAUGGGGAGUUGCUGUAAAUAUGAGAGAAAUUCAGUUGAUCUGCAUUUAAGUAUCUAAAACUUAUGUCUGGUCUGAGCUAGUCGGGUCAGAUCCCUCUACAGUCAGUGCAGACAUCCUGGCAUUUCAAAGAAUGAGCUGUCCUGGAGAAAGUCUUAGGGAUGAGAUAAACCAUUGCCUUAAACAGGCUCUUCUCUUUCCUUCCCAGUGGCCAUUGUGUGGAGGUGAAGGGCUAGUUCAGAUUAGCUGCUGUGCUGUAGGUGAGGUGAAUUCCACUGCAGUUAAGAAUGAGAGGAUGGAAAGAAUAGAACAUCAAAUACAUACAGAGACAAAGACAAGACUGGGACAAGGGCCAGCCUUUAGCCAGUGAUUCAAAGACAUGUGACAGUAAAAUUAUUAAUAUUUAAGAUUUUAGAAGUCUGGCUAGGGGGUUUAUUCUAGUUAGAAGAACAUUCCUUUCAAUUUAAAGCUAUGAACCUGUGAUUGUUGCUAGCUCCCCACUUCAGCUCUAAGAUAGCACUAGUGUAGUGUCUGAUGUAUUCACGAAGAGCCAUCUCUCCAAACCAUCAUCUUAUUUACUGCACUGUUCCUUCUUGGAAUAGCUUCUUCAUCCAUCCAUCCAUCCAUCCAUCCAUCCAUCCAUCCAUCCAUCCAUCCAUUCAUCCCAGAAAUGUAUAUUUUGUUUUUUAACAUUGAAAUGAUAAAUUUUCUUCACCAAUUUUCCUUUUUUUUUUUUUUUUUUUUUUUUUUUUUUUUUUUUUUUUUUUUAAAUUAGCUUGAAACAGUAUGUAAGUCGGUUUCUGUAACCACUUGGGAAAGAAAGGGGAGCAGAGGGUGAGGUGCUGUCUGGAUGUCCUCUUGCUGUGGUCAUAGUUACUAAAGCUUCUGUCUGACUUCUCCUGAAUCAUACUUGUGUUGUAAUGCAGUUGGAGUACCAGAUUCUCCUACAGUAAUUGUGUCAGGCUCUGAACUCAAGAGGAGUGGGAAGAGCCAGGGCUGCCACUCUGCUACAUUGCUCCCAUACAUCCCUCUUCUGUUUGCAGUCACUGUUAUGAUCCUUAGACAUCUGUGAUGAUUUUCACCACAGUCAUGGUCCGUGGGAAAGCUCCUCUUGAGAAGAAUCAACAGUGUGCAGUCCUCCACACUGUGAACUGUUACUCUCCAGAGAAAAGGAUUAGAAAUAGUAUUGUCCUCAAGAGCUGAGAAAACUUGCAGAUUUUCCAUGUACAGUAAACAGUUUCUAUAAUUACCAGGAAAACAAAACAGAGAGGCAAUGAGCAGGGCCAGCCCAUCUCAUACACACUGCUGUGAUAAUCAAAUCCAAACCCUGUGGAAUUGCAGGCACAUUAUUCUCACUUGCUUUAAAGGUCAGCUAAGAAGCUGAUUUCUCAAAUGGGCUCAUAGCUCUGAGACAACGUAACACUAGUCAUUUCUUCCAAUAAAUUGCAGUUGUCGGAGAAACUGGAUUAGUAACUCAUGGAGCUAAAAAUAGACACCGUGGGCUUGCCAGAGGAGGGUGAAUUCACUAACAGAGGUGAGGGUACAUUAAAAUAUCAUAACAUCUGGAAAAAAACCAAAAAAAAAUGCUCAGCUGAAAGCAAGCUAGCCAUAAAAUUACACUGAAAACAGUUGCAAUCACAAAGAAGAAGUAUAACAAAGUUUACUCUUAAUUCUGUUUUAUUCACCUCCUAAAUCCACCUUGCAGUUUCUGUUUUAUCUGCCUAAUCAGUUUGGCCACAGUCCCUUCAAAGUUCAGUACCUCAAGUUAAGCAUUGAAAGUCAUGUUAAAGCCAUUAUUUCAAUACUGAAAAAGAAGUUUUUGGCUUGGCAUUUACAUCUUCUUUGCAAGAGGGAGGAGGAGACAAUUUAUUGCUAAAUUUAUUCAAUUGAUAAAUAAAAACUUAACUCCCAAACCCCAAAUCUAAUAACAAUGCUACAGUGAAAGAAAAUUUCCAAGCCUCAGUGUAUCUUUACUAAAAAGUGGAUAAUUAUUUUCCAUUGCCUCAAAUAUUUGCAUUUUAAAGAAUUCUCUUCUGCACCAUGUUGCUUCUUGCUUGGAUAUAACAAAGUAAACAAAACAAACCAUUUUACUCUUAAUUCUUCUUCAAUUACUUAUUUUCCGCAGCAGGGCAAUUCCACCCUGAAGGAGCAGUAAUCCACUGCAAAUAGGGAACCUCAGUCUGUUUGAUCAAGGUGAAAAAUUCUUCAAGGUACAAGCUGUGUCUCAGCUGAAGACAGGGCUGACAGUAGUUGCAUGCAGUUUCUACUAUAACUUAAGUAAUUAUUUUUAGUUACGUAUUCACAAGCUGACAUAUGCAUAGCUCAGGAAUAACCUUCACCACUUUCUUUAGAAAUUCUCACUGUGCUAUGUGUCUUUUCUGCACACCUGUUACAAAAUCUCUGCAUUUCAGACCUGAGGCACUGAGAAGUGUAGGGUACAAAUAAUAAUUUAUGUCAGCGAAGCAAAUCACUGUGAAAAAUACUUGUGAAGUAUGCACAUUGUCUUUAGGGUAUCUUAUAAACUAGAGUUCUUUUUGCAAAUUUUUGUUCUUGCAGAAGUCCUCAUUGUAAAAGAGGUCAAGAGUAAGCUUGAUUUUGGGAUUUAUUUAGCAUCAAUGCAGUUUAUCUGGAAUUCAGUGUGGAGAUUAUUACCAGGGUGUUAAGGUUCAGUGGUGGAACAGAAAUGUCAGGACAAGCAGCACCAGCAGUUCUCUGCAUCGCACGUCCUACGCAUUAUAUACACAUACCAUGGCAUACUUUGUAUUUUAUAGAACAUGAUAUGACUGCUUAAAUUUGUAGAAAGAUAGUUAGGGAUAAAUAAUGCAAAAUAUGUGGACAUUGUCUAAUAGCUAUCUUGAGAUAUUAUGGAUAUAUUGUCACGUACCCUUGGGUUUAUUCCAAACUCAUGAGCUUUUAGUAUCCUUCCUUACUUCAGUAAGAAAAGCAUGGCAGUCUUCAUCCCUUCAGUUUUUAAACUUCAGUUUCUUUAAAGACCAGAGAUUAAUGACACAACUAUUUUCCAGCUAUGUAUUUUAAGAGAACAGUAACUGUUUUGUUUGGGUUUUUGAAUUUUUUUCCCUGAAUAUGGUGGGCUCCACUGCUAGGACUGACUACAUUCCUUCUUGCUAUUAGUUAACCUUUCCCAGUUCACUAAAAUUCUGCUUAAGUUCUUUGCAGGAUCCCAUAGUGUUUUGAAGAGGUUAUGUGUAUUCUGUAUGUGCAGUUCACAGGUGCAGCACAAAUAUUAAGGUGUUCUCAGAUCACCAUCCUGGAGAUGUCCAGCCAAUUAUUUCACAGCCACAAAUAAUCCCCUUACUGUCUUAGUCACUUUGCUCUGCCUCUAUGGCCAACCUUAGAGAAGGAACUGAAUCCUACUAAAAAUAAUCUACUGGUUUAUAUUUGUGUAUUUCAAUGGGAUUCAUUUGUUAUAAGGAGAAACUUUUGCAAAAGAAACAUGUAUUAUUGGCAUGAAAUCCAAACCCUGGGCUGACCAAGUCAUGGUUCAGUCGCUUCCCAAAGCCUUUGAGAACAAAUUGAACUUUUCAUGCAAUAUCUUGCCUAGAAGUAGUGAUAAAAAUUUUCCAGUUGUCUGUGACUGUGAUCCUGAGUCUCCCUUCUAAUCCCAAGUCAUGAAAUUCAAGAAAAUGUGAACGGAAAGUCAUUUCUAAUACUUGUUCAAACAAUUUUUCCAGGAACCAACUGAAAUUGGUGACUUAACUGGUGAUUCAUUCAGGCUCAUCUUCAUUUCCUCUGAAAGUAAUGCUAGAGGACAAUUAACUUUGAUGCCUUAGAGUUGUAUCAACUUUUCCCUUUAAUUUCAGUGUUGCCAAAGUAAAGUCUGAGGGCUAAUUCCUAUCUAAGGUGGUCACAAACAUCUGUAGUAACAGAGCUAGACACAUGUGAAGGUAACUUGGAUUAUUGUAAGAGGAUGGACUUUCACCUGAGUUCAUGAUGCUCAGUCCUGGGAGUGGGAAUUUUAGGAAGAGUUAUGAGCCACCCAUUGCUGCUGUGUCAUUUACUGAGAGCAGACCAAAGGGACAGAACUGUUCAGUAGAGUGCAGUUUUAAUUUCAGCUUUAUGAAUGCUGAGAAUUGCUGCUUGUCUUGUUUCAAACUUCUCUGUUCUGGAUGCUGGAUAAAAAUAUUUGGUCCUUCUAAAAUGUGAAGAUUGACCACCUCAAAGCCUGCACUCCUGUGGAAAUGGACAAAUAUCCAUCCUCUGGGUGCAUCUGCUUUUUAUGUAGUUCUGUAAUACUGUUUUAGUGUUGUCUUAAAAAGCUUAUCUGAAGAGACUUGUACAAGCACUAAUAAGAAUACAACCUUGCACUAUCAAUAAUGGUUGCAUAGCAUUAAAAUAAUCUUGGAUGCCAUUAAAGAAUACUAGAGCUCUAUCGGGGUUUAGAGCACUGAGAUGUUUGUGAACCUGAACCUGUUUGUAUAAAAUUUCUUGCAAAGAUUAAUCUAAUUAAUGACAGAAUUUCCAUUUUAGUGAUACACAGAGGAGGUAAGGUAGUAACCCUAGAGAUUUCUGUCAACUUAAUGAUUAAGAGAUUUAUUUUAGUACUCUGUAAAUCUGAACAUUAUUUUAAAAUAUCAGCCUGUGAUCUAUUGGAAAGGAUGGGGUGGGUUAGAGUUCUACUAUCAGAUGGCAUGAACAGAAAAGCUCAGAAAACAUAUAAGCCAGGCUCUUCCCACACUGAAAUCAAAGGAUUAAUUGCAAAAUUGCAUCUGAUUACUUGUCCUGUAACUAGCUGUUCAGUAAAGGAAUCCACCUGCUGACAGAAGCAGAGUCCAUACAAACUAUCACAUGCUGCAUUUCAGAUUUUUAUUGGGAUUUGUUUGGAAGACUUAGUGGUCUGGAAGUUCCAGUAAGUACCUCUGGUUGAAAGUUGCUAUUUCAGUUAUGAUUGCUUCCCCAAACCAACUGAAUUUAUUACUAACCAAAGACUUACCUACUUGAAAAAAAACAAACAAACAAAAAACAAAAAAAAAAAAAAAACAGUAAAGUUUGGUUCUGUCAUUUGUGUCUUUUGACUGUGAGCAGUUGAAGUGCAUGAUGUAUUUACUAACCAGGCUUGUGCUGUGGCAUUGAACAAGUUAUUCAAGGCUGCAGCACCAGUAUAACACAUUCAGAAUUCUGUAUUAAUCCCCUCAUGGGAACAUGAGUCUAUGUAAAAACUUGAUGUGCCAUAUGUGUAGGCCAUGGGAAAAUUGUGUGUGCAGUGAACUAUAUACGGUCUUAAAAGCUUUAACAUUUGUACUGCUCUUCCUAUAACAGAAUGUAUGUCUUGAUAGCUGUUGAUCCUAUGAGCUUCUGGAAAAAAACUGUAAUCUAAAGUUUAUUCUUCUUGUCUUAAAAUUACUACUUUUUGUCUAAGUGUUUACACAGACCUGCAUACAGCAAAGGGUCUUUCUCCAUAUGUUGCUGGGAAACGGAAAAGCAGAUGCUAUUUGUAAAUCUUACAGGCUUAGAGAGAUCAGUGAAUGCCUUUCUUGAAUCUCCUCCUGAUAAGCCAAUUCUAUUUACUAGCAAAUGCAAACAGUGCCAAUAGCCAGGGCCUUCUUUAGAGGAAACAAAACAGCCUUGUUCUGUACCACUUCUAUUGAUACUUCUUAAUUUAAUCUUUUUGCCUCCUUUUGAGUAGGCUUUGGUGAUACAAUUCUUCCAAAGUGUAACUGAGGACAGUUUGCCUUUUUUACCAUUCUUUUUACAAAGCCUCUGAAGGUCUCAAACAAGAAGAAAAAACUUUACAAAACUCAUGCAGGUAUGUUAUUAACAGGUAGCUGAAGGAUAAAACAGCCUUCUCAGAAAACCCCAGGCUAUCUUUUAACAGCGUGCCUGCACUGUGUUGUGACUUGACAUAUUGCUUUCAUGGUGUGACCUGCUAUAAAUGGUGUUUGUUACAAUUAGGUCUUUUUAGUUUGUCCUAAAAGAUUUUACUUGUUUGUCAUCAUAUUAGAAACAUAAUGUACACUCUAUAAGAAAAGCAAUAUACAAUAUACUAUACAUCUUCUAUUUCAAUGCCUCUAGUUUUAGGCUAGUAUUCAUAUAAAUGUUUAUAAUCAAAAUACAGGUUUUCUUGUUCUUCACAGGACCAAGCAAAGUUUUGCCUUGUCUAAAUACUAACAGUAACAUUUCUAUUCAACAAAUACUCUUUUCUCAUGCUUCUAGUUUACUUGUGGUGGGCUUCAUCCUACUGAUUCCCCAUUAAUGCAUUUGAAAGGGAAAAGUGAUGAGCUAUUUCAGUGCAUGACCUUUGUACAGUACCUGAUUCAUAAAGAUAAAUAGAUCCAAAAUUUCAUUUAUGAGUUACUAGUGACCAGCAAAAGAACAAAAAUCCUUUGACAUUUCUUGCAUUGCUGACACAGUUUUGCAGUUUCUUGAGUCAUUAUAAUGGAUAUAUUUGAUGAAGCCUUUGCCAUAGAGGCUGGCAUCUUCAUAGGAGUUGUUCCAAUUUCUGCUUCCAGUUAUAAGUGGGAGUGUACUGUAGUGGAAAAAUUAUUUGGAUUAUAAAAAAAUAAAAAUCCAAGUUUUCUUCAGGACAGUUCUCACUUUAUUUGACCUCAUCCUCUGGUAAGUAGCUCACUUUAGUUCUUGUCAUAAUAGUAGUACAAUAUCCAUAAAAAGUGUUUCUCCAGAGAAACUUCACUCAAAAAUAUUUUGAUCCUGAUUGUGACUGGGAUGCCUCUAUUUCAGAGCUAAGUCACUGAAGAGGUGAUCAAAGAAGACAGAAUAUUAGGACAAAUCAAAAAAAUUUUGUGUAUAUGGCUAAAAAGGUGAUAUGAUGGGGAAGUUAUUGAAUUGGUUUUUUUCUCAUUAAAAUUUGCUGAUUACAUAACAACUGCUCAUAAAAUAUUUUUUUUUCCUUUACUGUCUUUCUUUUGAAGCCAAAAGAUCUCCAAGGCAAAAAAAAAAACCUGAUGACUUUGUACAAAUUACAUAGCAAACACAAUCCAGACACCAAAUCCAUCCAGACUUUAGCAGUCCCAAAGUUAGCUAAUUGACUGGAAGUCAUUGACAGAGCUUGUUCUUCUGAACAUUGUAAUAACACAGUGUGAAAUGCAGUGUGUUGGCUGCUCAAGAUACCACCCAGCUGUAUUUAUUAUUCUUCUCCCAUUGCUUGAAAAGAAAAAAAAAAUAAUAGCUUAGGUCUGUGUCUCUGCAUUACUCGAGUUCUCAUAUGUGCAGACUGCAUCUGGUAGUGUGUUGUAGACUUGCUUUCUCAUGACAGAGAAGAUGGUUUAUCUCUUUUGUAGUACCCUUUUUUUUUUUUUUUCCCUGUCUGGAAUUUUUUGAUAUCUCUUCAACCAUGUCAGUAGCUUUUGGGGCUGUUCAAUGCCUGGAAAUCCUGGAUAAAAGGCCACACUAAACAUUUGCAGAACAAUCCUGCAUCUCAGGUGAGAAGUUUUGUAAGGAUCUUUUAGGUUCAUUGCUAGGGGCAGACCAACUUUUUGAGUUCAGCGGGCUCACCUUAUGCUGUAGAGCUGAUGUGUAAAGGCAGAACACAUGUUGACACAAUUCUCAGAGCAGACACAUAGUCAAUGCAGUUCAGAGUGACAAAUCCUGAGAAAAACAGAAUUUGCAGCAAUUGGAAUUUCUGAUGUUGGCAGGAGUACAUGAUUUGUAGCACCUACUGUCUUUUGUGUCAUGGAAACUAUCUAGAAAUAUAGGAAAAUAAGAAGGAAAGAAAAAAGAAACCAAUUAGGACAAUUAUGAGGCAGAGCUCAUUUAUCAAAUUUCACGUUCCAGAGGUAGAUCUAAAACCAUUCAAAUACAGCAGUCAAUGCUGAUCAGCCUUCACACAGGAGUUCCAUCUCAAUUUCCAUAUGUAAAUUUUAUACUGAGCAGCUAUAAUACUGCCACGGGGCAGGAGGUGUCUGACUUUCUAAUAACCACUGUUUAAAGAUUGGUGGCUGAAGUGGUCAAUACCCAAAUACCCUGCUGGGUCAUGGAGAGUAGGGCUCAGUUUCCAGCAAGGUUCUGUGGUAGGAACUUUGAAUGUUGUUGUGAACCAGGACUGAGCAGAGGAGGUCCUAAGCCUUCACAAAGCACACGUCCAGGACCAGUUUUAACACACAUCCUGCACACAUGCCUAUGUAUUUUAUGAAUCAGGUCUGUGAUCAAUGUUUCGAACAGCUCGUUUGCUGCAGUUUCAUGGGGUUAUUCUCUCUUCAGUUUGCAAUGUAAAUAAUAAUGUACAUCUGCUAUUUUAUGAUACAAAUGCCAUGUGAGUUGCUUAUUUUUAAAAUGAUAUAUAGCUCUGUUAUGAUUUAUUUGCGAUGCCAUCUUACAGUAUUGGUUUAAUAUACAAUGUAUCUCAAUGGCAUGAGUGAAAAUGCUUAUAUUUUGCGAUGUCAAAUAUUUUAUUUUUGUUUUUUAAAAUGAAUACAUUUCAUCCUAUGCAGUUCCAUAAAUGUUUCUUAAGUGGCUCAUUAUGUCUGAAAGUAUUGCUUCCUCUCCAGUAGUACAAGCAUAAGAACUAAUAUUCCUGAUCAAAAUCAUCAGCUAUAUCAUCUAGCAAUUUCAGAUUAUAAAUGUAUGUACAAAUAUGUAAGCAUUUAUAGUUAAUCAGAACAUCUACUGUAUCUUCCUUGCUUUUCAUGUAAUGAUACAUUUUAAUCAUUUUGUAUUUUUUAUUUGUAAUUAUUUGUGACUCAUAUGCAGUGUAAAUAAUAUGUUUCAUUAUUCAAGUUUUCUAGGUAUUCAAGACUACAAAGAAGUUUGUAUAUGAAAAGAAAUUGAUAGUAGAUUGGAAUGACAUAAAAUAAAGUGGUGAUGACUAUGUUCUAUUUAUACUGUUCAUUUCCAUGUCUGUUAAAGAAAAAAACAUUUCAUUUGCCCUUUAAUGUCCAACCAGUUAUUUGAAGUAUAUUUACAUCAAUAAAUCAUGCAAAAGUCUGUUAAAAUUCA